GAGUGCAGAUAGUCCACAACUUGGAAACGUAUUUUCAGUGAACAUUUUGGCGCCAUUCUGUAUUUGUUUUCUUUUUGGCGUGGGUGUGCGAGUGAGUCACUACUAGCAAGAAGGAUCUUGAAAAAAAAAAAAAUCUGAAUUAUCGAAUGACAUCCAAUAAUCCUUUGGAUAUCAUGGACGAUGAGGAAUUUGAUUGGGAAGCAGCUGCUAGAGAAAUCGACGUUGUUUGCGAGAUGGCGAGCGACGCACAGGGAAAGGGAAAGCAGCAAACGGGUCUCAAGAAGGAAUCCCCAACACCGCAGUUCGAAGAAGAUGACGAAAACCCUUCCUUUGUCCACCACAUAGAUGCGGAGGCAGCCAAAACCUGGAUAUAUCCGGUUAAUGUUCCCCUCCGUGACUAUCAAUUUGAUAUUACCCAGUCCGCACUCUUCUCCAACACAUUGGUGGCCUUGCCAACGGGACUUGGCAAAACACUCAUUGCUGCAGUUGUCAUGUAUAACUACUUCAGAUGGUUUCCUCAAGGCAAAAUAGUCUUUACCGCUCCUUCUCGGCCACUCGUCAUGCAGCAGAUCGAAGCUUGCCACAAUAUUGUUGGAAUACCUCAAGAAUGGACAGUUGACAUGACUGGUCAGCUAAGUCCCCCUAAAAGGGCUCAAUUUUGGAAAACGAAGCGAGUGUUCUUUGUCACUCCUCAAGUAUUAGAAAAGGAUAUUCAUUCUGGUACAUGUUUGGUGAAGUACUUGGUAUGUUUGGUAAUUGAUGAAGCUCACAGAGCUAUGGGAAAUUACGCUUAUUGUGAAGCAGUUCGUGAGUUGAUGGCUGUACCGGUACAGCUGAGAAUAUUAGCUUUAACUGCAACACCAGGAUCCAAGCAACAGACAGUUCAGGCUGUCAUUGAUAAUCUGCAUAUCUCCAGACUUGAAUAUCGCAGCGAAACUGACCAUGAUGUUAUGUCAUAUGUUCACAAUAGGAAGAUAGAAUUGAUACAGAGAUCUUUGUUGCAAUUUUACCAGGUUGUGAUGGGCCCGGAAGCUGCAGAAAUAAAUAAUAAGUUUAUGGAAGCAAUACGCCCUAUAGUAGCUAGGCUUACAAAUAUUGGUGUCAUUCAGAACAGAGAUUACCGCACUUUGAGCCCUUGCCAAUUACUUGAAAUUAGGGAAAGUUUUCGUCAAAGGCUUAGGCAAGAUCUUUCUCAUGUCAACUACGAAGAUGUGGAAGGGUAUUUUGGAGUUCUCAUCACUCUUUAUUACAUCCAUAAGUUACUUUCAAGCCAUGGAAUAAGGCCAGCAUACGAGAUGCUUGAGAGAAAAUUGAAGCAAGGAUAUUUUGCAAAAUUUAUGAGUAAAAGUGAAGUUAUUUUUAAAGCAAGGCAACUAAUGCAGCAAAGUUUGUCUCAUGGAGCAUCUAGUCCAAAAUUGUCCAAAAUGCUAGAAGUAUUGCUGGAGCAUUUCAAAACCCACGAUCCACAAAGCUCCAGGGUAAUUAUCUUCUCCAAUUACAGAGAAAGUGUCAAGGAUAUAAUGAAUGCACUUGAAGAUAUUGGGGAAUUAAUUAGAGCUACUGAGUUUAUUGGUCAAAGUUCAGACUCUCAUUCACCACAGGAUUGUCCUUCACCACCACCCCUUCAGGUUUAUAGUCGCCGCAAUUGUCUCCCUCAUGACUCACUUCCAGUGCCGCCUCCUGUGUCUCCUCCGGCUCCAGCAAAUGAGUCUGACCUGCCUAUUGCCCUCCGUAAAGGGAAAGCAAUGAAAGGUCAGUCCCAAAAGGUUCAACAGGCUGUGCUAACGAAAUUUCGGUCUGGCACCUAUAAUGUCAUUGUUGCCACAUCAAUUGGUGAAGAAGGUCUUGACAUCAUGGAAGUUGAUCUUGUCAUAUCUUUUGAUGCUAAUAUUUCACCACUUAGAAUGAUUCAGCGAAUGGGGAGAACCGGAAGAAAGCAUGAUGGACGAGUUGUAGUUUUUGCUUGUGAAGGGACAGAGUUGAAGGGCUACUUGCGAAAACAGGCAAAGAGCAAAACUAUAACUAAACACAUGCGCAAUGGGGGCAUAAAUAGUUUUUCCUUUCAUCCUAGUCCAAGGAUGAUUCCUCAUGUCUUCAAACCGGAAGUUCAAUAUGUUGAACUGUCUAUUGAGAAAUUUAUUCCCCGUCAAAAGAAUGUGAAGGAUGACGAGCUCCACAUUUCUCCAUCGAAGAACAAACUUAAUGUGGCUGAAAUUGAUUUACUUGAAACGUAUUUUCACCCUACUAGGGAAAAGAAUAGUAGAAUCUCCCUUAUUUCCUUUCCCCACUUUCAGACCUUUCCUUCUAGAGUGCAUAAAGUUAAGCAUUCAUCUGGAACAUUGAUGUUUAUAGACAUGAUGCAGCGUAUGCAAGGACUAGCAUCAUUUCCAAAAGAUGACGAAACUUCUUCACUUCAGGAAGAUCUGUGCUUGGGACAUAGGAAGCCAGUCACCCCUACCAAACUUGAUAAAGACAAUGAAUCAUGCUCUAUGCAUGCAUUGAGAACGAGUGUAAACUCGGUUAAUUGUCUGGACCUGGAUUCGUAUCAUUUGGGCAUUCAAAGCAAAGACUUCCUUGAUCUAACUUGGCGAGAAGAAACAUGUGAGGAUGAUGAGGGAAUUCACGAGACUCCAAUUUAUAAGAGAAGAGUGUCAAAUGAAGGUCAAAUGGAAAAUCUUAUGGAGAUUGAGACUUCUUCGUUGGUUGCAGAUGCAUGCAUUAAUGACAUGAAAGAUGAAGAACUUAGUCCACGUUUAACGAAUUUCAUUAAAAGUGGUGUAGUUCCUGAGUCUCCCAUUGAUGAAAGAGGGAAAUCAGGAUACCAUUCUGUUAUACGUGACUAUAUUUUACCUGUCAGUGUCCACAAAGAACAGAAUGUUAGUUCUUUAAGCUCAGGGGAAACUAAAAUGGUCGACAAUGAGAAGGGCACUGAUAAGAAUGUCGGUACUUCCUCUUUCAAUGAAACUCAAAGCCCUUUACUUGACCUGAAGAAUUGUACAAUUAGAAGAGGACGAGUCUUUCUUUCCCAAACUGAGGAAGGCCAUGUACAUAACUCUGACCUAAGCCUCGGUGAAGAAGCACUUCCAGCAGAUUGUGGUGAAAUGUCUGAAAGCAUUAAACCUUCACGCAAAUUUAAAAGGUUGCGAAAAGCUGAAGAUACUGAAAGCAAUAGGAAUCAGAAAAGUAUUAAAUUUUUUUAUUCAACAGUGAACUUUCUGAAGUCAUCCCAUGCCUCCAAUCCCGCACAAUAUGAGCAUGGACGAGGUAAAAGGAAAUCAGCAUACAAUGUGAGAGACUUCAUUGAGGAGGAAGCGGAGGUAUCUUCAGAUGCCUAUGUAUCUAAUGAUGAAGAUGGUGAGGAUGACAAUUCAUUUGACAGUUUCAUAGAUGACAGGACCAACCCUACAGCAGCCAGUCAGCCUCAAGCUAGUAGAAUGGACAUGAUGACAAUUUACAGGCGUUCUUUGCUCAGUCAAGCACCGAGUAAUGGACCGCUUGAUUUUUCUGCCACCUUCACUCCCGACUGUGUGACUGUGGCAGCCAGUACUAGUGAAAGUGGGGAUUCUUCAGGGAAGUCAUUCAAUCAUUUACAUACAGAGCCAACCAAAGAGUCAGCAAAUCGGACUUCAGAAUCCGUCACCAUCGACCAGUUAACCUCAGAAGCAGUGUUUUCAAGUUGUUGUCCUAAGGGAAAUGGGACAGAGAUAAAAAGUCACAAACGAAGAUUGUCGUUUUACCACUCUGAACACUUCCCGACUAUGAACCUUGAACAAGAAUUUGCUCUUCAAUCAAAGAAAGAAGUGGGGGAUGUGGAUGCAAUUACAAAUGUUUUGUGUGAUGAUCAGUUUUAUAAUGAUCUCGAUCUUGACGAGUUGGAGGCGAAAGCAACUUUGGUUCUAAAACGGAAAUUAGAUUUGUCCAUUCAGAAGCAAGAUAAAGUCUCUCAAUCUCACUUACCCAACCUUGAUAUUUUUGGGUCUCCUUCAUUUGAUCUUGGGAUAUGAAAAGCAUGACAUAACUCAUGCAGCAUGAUAUUUGCAUUUGGAAAUUAAUUAAUCAACGUGGUGUAAGCCAAAUACAAGUCUUUUAGACUACAUAUUUAUACAGUGGUAUUUUAUUGUAUAGUUAAACAUUGUUUGGAAGAGAAUACGGUUAUAGGUUCGUCUAACAAACACUUGGUUCGAAGGGUAUUUCAAUGCCUCUUGUAUAUUCGUCUAACCCCGAUUGUUAUUAACCAGCUCGUCAUGACAAAGUUGAUCGGUGUCAGUAAUUGUCCAGGGCAGUUUUUGGUAUCGGUGUUUUUGUAUCAACCCGUUUUAUAUUAAAAAAAAACAAUUACAUUGACAAAA